UGUAUCUCCCCGAUCUGAGUUAUCAACGGAGAUAUCAACCAUAUAUUAUCCCUACCCUCUCUUCUCUCACAAACAAUAUACCCCCACCAUGUUCAUCCAAUCCUCCUCACUUUGCAACUUACCUGCUGAAAUUUUCGAGAAUAUCGUCCUACAACUCGUCCAAAACGAUGGUCUUAUCAUACCACUCCUCCAAUCUUGCAAACAAAUUAAUAAUAUCCUCGCUUUUCAAAAAAAUUGUCAUCUAUACUCUCGCAUCUUUCGCUAUAGAUUCGAUUCAGCUGCAUCAGCUAGAAGACUUGGUACUCGUACUCACCACUCUCGCCAUCUCGCUCACCAACUAGUGUGGUAUUCAUCCGCCUUAAAAUGCAUUAGACGGGCCGAUAUAUACGACAAUGCCGUCCUCGACGCUUUCUGGGCUUCAUUUGCGCUCAUGUCUGAGAACGACGGAAAGAAUCGCCAUCUCCUCGAAGCAGCAGGCCUCCCAGAUUUCGUAGACGAGUUUGUUCGCAAACGCCUAUACGAGGACUCCGUCAACACAAACGGUUGGCCUAACGAAUCUCCCAUCAACUGCCUUGCAUUAUGGUUGCUUUGGUUCACGAGUACAGAAGGUAUGUCUCGCCAUCUUCUUCGACGUUUUUUCUCCAAUACACCCUCAGAGCGCCUUAAAACCGAGACUACCGCCCGGCGCAACGAGAUGAUCAGACUCGUCCUUCCUUUUGUCAUCGUUCCCUUUCGCUACCCAUCAGCUCAUGCUCCUCACAACCACUUCACCAUGCCUCUUACGGACAACUCACACGGCCACCUCCGUCAAUCCAUCAUCCCUGCACACGGCGCCUUUCCACUCUACCGUGCCGACCAAUUCCACACAACCCACUUUUACGACCGCGCAGACCUCGACAUCGGCAUCCCACUCGCUUCAACAGCAGCAAAGCUCAUCUUCUUCUCACGUCGCCAAACAACACCAAUCGGUAUCCCAAUCCACCUCCCUCUCACUCGUCAACAUGCCAUCCAACUCGGUUUUGGAGACCAAAUCGGCCCCACCCAAGAAGACGUUCACGAGCUCAAUCAACAUAAAGUCGUCAAACACGCUCCUCGGGACUCCGAUUCCGACACCCUGACACUCAGUUCCCAACUCGACGACGACUGGUACCGCCUCACAGACUGUAUUGACCCUAUGGAGAAAUCUUCCCUCAAGAACACCCACUACACCUACGGCUCCGCAACAGGUCUUUGGCAAGGCCGUAUCCUAGUCCCAACCGACAACGCUUUCGCCUCAAUCCUGCAGCACGUUCAUAUGCCAGAAGAAUUCACAGAACAGCAGCUCUCCCUUAACGCUUAUCCUCUCUUCAUGCGUCUUCGUGAAUAUCACUGCGUGGACCCGCAGGACCCUGUACCGACUGGUGGUGCGGAUGAUGGGUUUGAUGAUGGCAUUUCGAACGCUUGGAUACCCAAGGGUGUGCAGGUGCACGAGGAUAUCUACGAAGGCAAACUCAGACUCCAACACCACGACCGCACAUACACAUACGAGGCCUAUCGCACAGGCUCAACAAACUCCCAUGACGAAGCUACGUGUCGCGGAUGCCAAUACCGUGGAACGUGCAACAUCAUUUAUAGGGAGCAUGAUGAUCAAUUCUUGGCGGAGCGGUCUUCUCAGAGUGACGAUGGCGAUGCAGAUAUUGAUGUGGGUGAAGACGAUGACCAAUUCCUACAAGAGGCUUCUGUGCGGUACGAUUCAGUCAUCGACGACGUCUUUCGCCAGAGAGACGACGAAGCUAUGGACGAAGAUACGGACACUGAUCUUGCGUUUGCAUCAGACGACGAGAGCGACGAGGAGGAGUAUUGCGUCGAGAGGAAGUGUAACGGCGUGCUUGAUAUCGCACUCGUCGGAGAAACAGAUUUCAAACACGGCCAAGCAUGGAACCACUACAAAUUCUAUGGCCGCGUACGCGAAUGGGACGGACUCGUCGCGCUCAUUCGUAUCCCCGCACACCCGCACCCGCACCAUACACUCGGACUCGGGUUGUGGGUGUUCAGCGGGUAUAUUGUCGGGGGACAUAAUUUUGUGGGGACGUGGCGGGCGUUGGGGGAUGUGGACCCUGUUGCUCCUACCCUUGAGAGUUCGUUUGCCAUGACGAGAAGGGAGGAGGGGUCAUGAGGGGGUGAUGCGGAGAGGAGGGUUUGUCAUACGUACUCAAGGAUUCCAGGGCCACUCAUACCCCGCACGCCGACAACCCAGGAUCCAAGAACCAAAACUAAGAAUGCCCUCAUCAAGACAUGACAUGCCACGCCACGCCACGCCAUCCAUUGACCUGACCUGACCUGACUGUAUGCACCACAAACCUAACUUUAUUCUUUCCCAAUCUCCCGCGUU